GAUAAAAACAUCCAUCAAAAAAUAAUCAACCUUCACUAAAAAAUGGCAAACAGAAUUCAUUCUGCACUUCUCAUUGCCGCCAUUGUUGCCUUAGUUUCUGUGCUUGGCGUCACCGGAGCCGCCGACAAAUCCGCCGCCGACAAAGCCGAGAAAUUCACCGUCACUGGCACGGUAUACUGUGACGUGUGUCGUGCCAAAUUCGUCACCAGAGUCUCUGAAAGGAUGCCAGCUGCGAAGGUGAGAUUGGAGUGCCACAACAUCACGGACGGGAAAUUCACGUAUGGAGUGGACGGCGAAACCGACGCAAACGGCGUGUACCACAUCGAGGCGGACGGCGACCACGAGGAUGAAUAUUGCGGCAUCAAGCCGGUGAAGAGCAGCAAAGAGGACUGCAGUGAGAUCAUAAAGGACGGGUGGGCAAAAGAGUUCACAAGAGUGGCCCUCACAACCAAGAACGGCAUGGUUCACAGGACCAGAAAUGUUAACCCCAUCUUGUACUUGAAGGCCAAGCCUAUUGCUGUCUGUGCUGAGGUGUUCAAGGAAUUGCAUUACGUCCCAGGAGAAGAUGUUCACCCUUGAACAACACCGCACACAAUGUCCCGCGUAUUCUAUGAUCCCAGUUUUAUCAGACUACAAAAAAAUAAAAAAUGUAAUAACCCAAGAAGCUAGCUUGAUUUACAAUCAAUUUAAUUGUUCUAUAGAUUAGGAGAAAAAUGUUAUACUCAUAAUACAAAGUAUUCUUUGGUUCUCUUUUGUGUUAUAACACAAAAAAUAGAAAUAAAAGAAUUUUGUUAUAAAUUU